CUCUGUAUUCUCCUCACUUCACUUCUCUGCAUCAAAUAUCAAAACCCCACUAGCCAAAAUCUCCCAAGGAAUCAUCAAAAAUCCAAUUUUUCAGAAAAAAACCAAGAAAAGGAAAUGGGAUUCAACAAUUACUCAGAUUCAACUGAUUCCCAUCACCGAACUCACAAAAUCUUUCUCCUUGUUAACUACAUUCUUCUUGGUGCAGCUUCUAGCUGCAUUUUCUUGACUCUUUCGCUCCGAUUAAUCCCAUCCCUUUGCGGGUUCUUCUUCAUCCUUCUCCAUAUUCUCACUAUUGGUGGCGCUGUCUUUGGCUGCGCCACCGUAUCAGCUACCUCAGGUGCUGGAAAAUCAUAUGGAGCUCACAUGGUAUCCACUGUUCUAACUGCAAUAUUUCAAGGUUCUGUUUUCGUGUUGAUUUUCACGAAAACGGGGGAUUUUCUUGGGAAUUUGAAGUCUUAUGUGAGAGAAGAAGAUGCUGUGAUGAUUUUGAGAUUGGCUGGUGGAUUAUGUGCACUCAUCUUUUGCCUUGAAUGGGUAGUUCUGACUCUUGCAUUUUUCUUGAAAUACUAUGCUUAUGUUGAAGGCAGUGGAAAUGUUGCAAUGAAGAGUAGCUCUAGGGUUCAAGAUGAGGAAAACAUCAAGCAUUGGCAGCCUUUUCAAGUCUAAGUAAAAAAUGGUUAUUUUUGCAAAUGUCAACUACUAGUAGUAUAUGUUUAAUUUCUUUCUUCUUAUUAGUUAAUUCAUUCAUUUAUUUGAUUUGUUGUUGUAACUUGAUAGGACCUUCGUUUGUAUUGUCAUGGAAGGUUCAUAUAAAGAUAUGUACUAAUGAGGAAAUUGAAGUUAUGGAACAUUUGGUACUAGUUUUAUAA